CAAUUUUUCUACACGAGUAAUUACGACGCGCGCCAAGCACGAACUAUUGAAAGCAGUUCACGAUAAUGACAAAGAAGUCCAAAUAGACGAGAUGCAAUUUACUUUGUGCUGAUAUUAUUACACUAGGCUGUGUAUUUAAAAACACAUUCAGUGUCUAUUUGAUCAACAAGGAAAACACACUAUUUGGAUAGACCGUCUCUCUGUAUUUAAUAUAUCCGUCGUUUUUUAGCAUCGACUGUUUGUACAGUAUUGGGCUACUGAUUCCAGUGUUAUUGAAGGACUGAAGGCAAAUUCACACAAAGCAUUGAAUCGGUUUAGUUAUAUGUCGAAACAAGACAAUGAGAUGAACGAGAAUAUACAUCGUAGUCGAAUUCAUCUAAGUAGGGGCCUACAGAAUCUUACUGGUGGUGAGUGUGAGGAGCACUGCAAUGGCUAAGAACAUAUCGAUGACUGGUAACUUCAGACACAAUGAACGCUCGAGAAAUGCCAAUAUCGAGGCCGUGUUGAACUCUCGAAGACGCAAUGAGUACAGGCGUCAGUUAUAUGGAGAUGAAUCGCAAAGGACACUUAAUCAGAGGGUUUUCCAUGUCACGGAGAAAACUAACGGAACUGGAGCAGUGAAGUUUGAAUGGCAGAAAACCCUAGGAAAUUACUUGGCCUCCUCUGGAACCAAUAACAACGUGAACUUAUUUGAUAGGCAUGGUGAACUCAUUGAUGAGAUUAACCUUCCCGGGACUUGUAAUGGCCUUGAGUGGGACAAAGAUGGCGAUACUUUAGCAGUGGUAUGUGACCGUAGCUCGGUCAUUUUCCUUUGGGACGCCAACAGCCUCAAGACUUCUCAGCUGGACAGUGGGUUUAAGGAUGGCCUUUGCUUUGUGCGUUGGUCAAGAACAGGCCCUCAGUUAGCUGUUGGUACAAUUAAGGGAAACCUUCUUAUCUAUAAUCACCAAACAUCAAGGAAAGUUCCAAUUCUUGGCAAACACACUAAAAAGAUCACAUGUGGUGCUUGGAGUAACAAAAACCUACUGUGUCUUGGAAGUGAAGACAAAUCCAUCACAAUCAGUAAUCAAGAGGGAGACACAAUCAAACAGUCUCCACUACGGGCAGAGCCCUAUGAUAUUCAGUUUUCUGAGAUGAAAGUUGAUGAACGGAGUCCAAAUGGUGAAAAUACUGUAAGCAUAUGUUGCGGACGAAAGACGCUGUUCCUGUAUAAUUUGAACGAUUCCGAUAACCCCAUUGAACUUGCCUUUCAACAGCGUUACGGGAAUGUAGUCGGCUAUCAGUGGUAUGGAGAUGGGUACAUUAUGAUAGGAUUCUCAAAUGGCUACCUGGUUGUGAUCUCAACACACAUAAGUGAGAUAGGACAGGAGCUGUUCCAGGCCCGCAACCACAAGGAUAAUUUAAAGGCGAUUGCUAUCUCGCUGUCGCUCAACAAGGCUGCAUCAUGUGGCGAUAACACGAUUAAGAUCCAUGAUCUGAGUGAGCUCAAGGAAAUGUACGCCAUUGUUGAGCUUGAGGAUGAGUCCAAAGGUCUCGGUAAGAUGGCGUGGACCGAUGACGGCCAGUUGCUAGCGGUCAGCUCUGCGAAGGGCGGCAUCCACGUCUACCUCACCAAGCUGCCCGUCUUAGGAGAUGCAUAUGGAACUCGGAUAGCACACCUGACAUCACUUUUAGAAGUCACUGUUGUCAACCAUGUGGAACAGGAGCCCCCUUUUCCAAUAGCUAUAGAAGUUGAGCCGACAUUUGUUGCCAUCGGCCCAUACCAUCUAGCCGUAGGUAUGAAUAACAGAGCUUGGUUCUAUUUGCUUGGCACAAAAGAUGAGUACGAAGCAACGUCCACAUGGCCCGAGAAACUGAGCGACCGUGAGUAUCUUGGUACGAUAGUCGGUAUGUCGUUGAACGCCGAUUAUGUUGCUGUUGCAUUUGAAAACCAGGUCCAGCUAAAUCUGAUUGAGCCCGAGAAUGGAAGCACAAGUGAAGAUCGCGAGACGAGGCUGUUUCCGGGGAAGGACAGCGAUGGCAAAGUUCUAUGCCACUGUCUAACGCCAGAGUUUCUUGUCUUUGGAACUGAUACUGGUGAACUGUAUUAUUUCUUUAUUGAGGACUGGCAGUUUGUGAAUGAGUUCCGGCAUGUGGUUGGAAUACGCAAGCUCUUCCCAGAUCCUAGUGGAACCAGACUGGUCUUCGUUGAUGAUAAGAGUGAUGGAUUUGUUUACAACCCAGUGAAUGACAAUACGCUUGAGAUCCCAGGUUUUUCAGCAACUGUUGAAGGCGUACUCUGGGAGAAUUGGCCGUAUGACAAAGGUGUUUUUAUCGCGUAUGAUGAUGACAAUAUAUACACCUAUGUCUAUUCUAGAGAAACAAUCAAAGGCCCACAGGUAACACUUGCAGGUACUACUAAGUUGCCAUAUGCUCAGAAGCCACUACUACUGUACAAUGGGGAAGUCACUUGCCAAACUCCAUCUGGCAAGACAACUACAUUGCAACUCAGUACACAUAAUUUCCAUGAAAAGCUUCAAGACCUCUCAAUGGAUGAUUUGAAAGAAGGAUUCAGAAAGUCACUUGCUCUAAAGAAACUAAGAGAAUCCUGGGUUCUAUGUCACUUUAUCAACAAGAAGCAAAACUGGCUUGAACUGGCUGAAACCGCCUUAGAGCAGCUUGAGCUAGAAUUUGCAAUGAGGGUGUACAGGCAGAUUGGUGAAGCUGGCAUGCUCUUGUCUUUACUUAACAUUCUUGGAACAGAAGAUCGUAACCUUCUAGCUGGCAACUUGGCCCUAAUAAAGAAAGAUUUUAAUCUGGCACAGGAGCUGUUUUUAGCAUCUAGUUCACCAAUGAUGGCUCUUGAGAUGAGAAGAGAUUUACUGCACUGGGAUCAAGCGCUUAAACUAGCAAAGAGCUUGGCACCGGAUCAGAUUCCAUUCAUAUCGAAAGAAUACGCUCAGCAGCUGGAGUUUACGGGUGAUCACUCUAAUGCCCUAGUACACUUUGAGAAAGGAGUCACUAAGUUGCCUGAGUGCCGAGACCAUGAUGAAGCAUGUGCAUCUGGAAUUGCGCGGACGUCUAUCCGUUGUGGUGAUAUCCGACGCGGUGUACAGAUGGCAACCAAGAUGCCGAAUCGCACCCUGAAGAAAGACUGCGCCGCCAUUCUUGAGAGUAUGAAACAAUACUCUGAGUCUGCUGCCCUCUAUGAGAAGGGAGCUUUCUACGACAAAGCAGCAUCUGUCUAUAUCAAGAGCAAAAACUGGAAUAAGGUUGGUGAGCUACUCCCUCAGGUAAACUCUCCCAAGAUUCAUAUCCAGUAUGCAAAGGCAAAAGAAGCAGAUGGACGGUAUAAGGAGGCGGCCAAAGCUUACGAAAACGCUAAAGACUUUGAUAAUGUAAUCAGAAUACAGCUUGAUCAUUUACAUAACCCUGAAGAAGCUGUGAGGAUAGUAAGAGAAACCAAAUCAACAGAGGGUGCCAAAAUGGUUGCAAGAUUUUUCCAGAAAUUGAAUGAUUUCAGUUCAGCUAUUCAAUUCCUUGUGAUGUCAAAGUGCAAUGAUGAAGCAUUCCAAUUGGCCCAGCAGCAUGGACAGAUGGAGGUGUAUGCAGAGAUCAUUGGUGAUGAUGCUACGCUGGAGGAUUACCAGAGCAUUGCUUUGCACUUUGAUAAUGAGAAGAGUCAUUUCCUUGCCGGCAAGUUCUUCCUACUGUGUUCCCAAUACAAGAAGGCAUUACAGCAUUUCCUACGAUGUCCAUACACCAGCGAAGACAGCCCUGCUGUAGAAAUGGCCAUUGAGACGGUUGGUCAAGCAAAAGAUGACCCAUUGACCCACCAGCUGAUAGACUAUUUGAUGGGAGAGACUGACGGUGUACCCAAGGAUGCUAAGUAUUUGUUCCGCUUGUAUAUGGCGUUGAAGCAGCACAGGGAGGCUGCAAGAACUGCAAUCAUCAUUGCAAGAGAGGAACAGAAUGCUGGCAACUAUCGCAAUGCGCACGAUGUGCUGUACAGCAUGUUUACUGAACUCCGCGCGCAGAAGAUCAAGAUACCCGCAGAGAUGGCGACCAACCUCAUGAUCCUACACAGCUAUAUCCUAGUUAAGAUUCAUGUUAAAAGAGGAGACCACAUGAAGGGGGCUCGUAUGCUGAUAAGGGUGGCAAACAACAUCAGUAAAUUCCCUUCCCAUAUUGUUCCAAUUCUAACAUCCACUGUAAUUGAAUGUCAUCGAUCGGGUCUGAAGAAUUCAUCGUUUUCAUACGCGACCAUGCUAAUGAGGCCGGAGUAUCGCAAUAAGAUUGACUUGAAAUACAAACGAAAAAUUGAAGCUAUCGUUAGACGGCCGGACAAGACCGAGGAAGAUGAGCCGACCAGCCCAUGUCCAUAUUGCAAUUUCGAUCUUGAGUCAACGGAGCUGGUUUGUCCAGGCUGCAAAAACAAUAUACCAUACUGUGUGGUAACGGGUUGUCAUAUGGUCAAAGAUAAUUGGUCGGUUUGUCCCCAGUGCAAUUUCCCCGCGCUUUACUCAGAAUUUAGCAGUCUAUUGGAAACUGAUGAUACAUGUCCAAUGUGCUCAGAGACAGUGAAACAAGGAAAAGUUUACAAGAUUGACGACCCAUCGCCAUACUUGCAUGACAGAGGCGAUGAAUAGACUGUAGCAGUGUUUACUUUUAUUCCUAUAAAUUGACCUAUGAAUUAUAAAGACAUGAACUAAAUGGAUUUACCCCAUCAAUUUAACGUAACAAUGGGAACGUUUUCCCCCUCCUAAUGUGAGGAAAGAUUUUAAUAAUCAGUAUACAAGUUUUUUUUUAACAUUAUUCCUUGAUGAAUAAUUUAGCAAUAUACAGUUCUGCUAUCUUUUAUUUAAGUGAUGAUUUAAUUGUGAGAAAGAUGUGUUGCAUCAAAAUUCAGGUCUCCCUCCAAUUAAAGACCACUUCUGGGUCUGAAAAAAAGUGGGGCCGGCCCAAGCCCCUCCCCCCAUAUCCCCCUGGACAAGCAAUCAAUCAAUCAAUGGAUUUAUAAGGUGCAUAAUACAGCAGUUUCUAUGCACCAAGCACAUAUUCUUAUCCCUGUUUUAAAGUUUGAUUGAUACUCGCAUAUUAUUUAAUCCUGCAAAUAUGUUGUCAGAGGUUACCAUAUUUAUUCGAAUAAAUGCCCCGCCCUGAAUAAACACCCUUCUCGUAUAAAUUUCCCCUCUAGAGCCUCAUUUUGAAUAAACACCCUUCUCGUAUAAAUUUCCCCUCUAGAGCCUCAUUUUGAAUAAACACCUCUGGAAUAAAUGUCCCAUAAACAAAUGGAAUGGAAGCCACAUCAUUCUUAACACAUUCUAAUGUUCUACUCCAGUAAAAUUGCAUUGUUGGGAUCAAUAAGACAUUUUGACGGUAAUGCGUUGUAGUUCCACAUUUACAGUGAAUUAACGGGAAUUUAUUUGACUCUAAUACGUAUCCAUUGUAGACAAAAAAAAAACGCCUCCCUCGAAUAAACGCCAUCAGGCAUUUCUUUGAAUAAAUAUAACCUAAUAUGGUAUUCUAGACUACACAUUCAUUAUGAUUGGUUGUUUAUAAAUUAACUAUGCAUUGCUGUAAAAUAUUUUUGUAGUUUUAAUUUAUAGAAUGUUGAGUAGAAGUUCAAGAAACCACCUUAAUAAUUAUACCUUGAACUGUACAGUAAACAUGAUUGGUAUUAUUUGAUGUGUUUAAAUUUUUAUUAAUAAUUAUUUGUAAAUAUUUGAAGAUGUUGUAAAUGAGUCAACUCAAGAUGUAAACAUAAUUAGAUUUACAUUAGUAAAUUUACGUACCUGACCUCCUCGUCUGACCCUGGCUUACAAUAGAUAUCAGCUCAGGGUUGACACAUUUUUAAAAAUAGAACAUUUGUGAUUAUGUCACCUCUAGAUGGUCGAAAAUAGCACUCUCAGACUUAAAUUUGAAUACAAUUUUCUUUUUUUCUCAAUUUUAAAAAUAUUUCCUGAAAAAUUUUGGGACCCAGACCGGCAGGCCCCUAUCUCCCGAAUCCACCACUGAUAUUAGCACUUUACAAGUCCCUGUUGAUUGAUGAAAGUACAGUAUCUAUAUUGCAUUAUAUUUUUUUUAUUUUCAGAUUUGAUCACAAGCAAUAUAUUUUUUGUAGUUUAUUUAAAAUACCUCAUGAGCAGAUAAGAUAUGAAUUUAGAAUAAUUGUGUUCAGUGUUUUCAAAAGGCAUUGUGCUUAAAUGUUUUAUCCUUGAGCAGAUGUCUGUUUCUGCGCUUUAUAUUUAGAGUCAGAGUAGUGAUUGUAAUAUUUUACUUUACACUGAAUUAGCAAUGAGGGCAUAAAUAUUUAGUGAAAAUGUUUAUGUUUAAAGACAAUUGAUUGAAAAUUAAAAUUUCAUGUGAAAAUGA